AUGACUGAAAAUAAGAAACAAAAGACUACUACAUAUCCAACAAUGAGACCUCAAAAUAUUGGUAUCAAAGCCAUGGAAAUUUACAUUCCAACACAAUUUGUUUCUCAACAAGAUCUAGAAAAAUUUGAUGGUGUUUCCUCUGGGAAAUAUACUAUUGGAUUGGGUCAAACUAAUAUGUCAUUUGUUAAUGACAGAGAAGAUAUAUAUUCCAUGUGUUUGACUGUUCUUUCCAAAUUAAUUAAGAAUUAUAAUAUUGAUACCAAUGAAAUUGGUAGAUUAGAAGUCGGUACUGAAACUUUAAUUGAUAAAUCUAAAUCUGUUAAAUCUGUCUUGAUGCAAUUAUUUAAUGGGAAUAAUGACGUGGAAGGUAUUGACACUUUAAAUGCCUGUUAUGGUGGUACUAAUGCUCUUUUCAAUUCUUUAAAUUGGAUUGAAUCAAGUGCUUGGGAUGGUAAAGAUGCCAUUGUGGUCUGCGGUGAUAUUGCCAUUUAUGAUAAAGGUGCUGCAAGACCCACAGGUGGUGCAGGUGUUGUCGCCAUGUUAAUUGGACCAGAUGCUCCAAUUGUUUUUGAUCCAGUAAGAGGAUCAUUCAUGGAACAUGCAUACGAUUUCUACAAGCCAGAUUUCACUAGUGAAUAUCCAUAUGUGGAUGGUCAUUUUUCAUUGACAUGUUACGUAAAGGCUCUAGAUCAAGUUUACAAGAAUUAUUCUCAAAAGGCUAUUGCCAGAGGUAUGGUAGAAUCUGCAGCUGGUCCACAAGCUGUUAAUACAGUUAAUUAUUUUGAUUAUAAUGUUUUCCAUGUUCCCACUUGUAAAUUGGUAACGAAAUCAUAUGGUAGACUGUUAUAUAACGAUUUCAGAGCUAAUCCAUCCUUAUAUCCAGAAGUAGAUGCUAAAUAUGCCACUAUGGAUUAUGAUGAAUCAUUAACUGAUAAAGUAUUGGAGAAGACCUUCGUCAAUGUUGCCAAGUCGCAUCACAAGGAAAGAGUCGCACCAUCAUUAGUGGUGCCCACAAAUACAGGUAACAUGUAUACAGCUUCUGUGUAUGCAUCAUUAGCAUCAUUACUAUCUCAAGUGGGGUCCGAAAAAUUACAAGGCAAGAGGAUCGGGUUAUUCUCUUAUGGAUCUGGUUUGGCAGCCUCACUUUUCUCGUGUAAAGUUGUUGGUGACAUUAGUAACAUUAUCUCCGUGCUGGACAUUGAUGCCAAACUGAAUGCCAAUAGACAAUUGGGGACUCCUGAAGAAUUUGAAGCUGCCAUCAAGUUGAGAGAAGAUGCACAUUUACAAAAGGGUUUUGAACCUGCAGGGUCCAUCGACCAAUUGCAAAAGGGCGUCUACUACUUGACCUCUGUAGACGAUCGUUUCAGAAGAAGUUACACUAUCAAAGAGUAA